UUGUGAAGUGAUCAAAGCCCAAACCCAUUUGAAACCGCACGCACACAAACUCAGCUCACUCCAAUAUAAAUUCCUCUCUACUUCCCAACAAACUCCCAACAUUCUCACUUUGUAAAGGAAAAAAUUUUAAAAAAAAAACAACAAAAGAAAAGAAAAAUGAGAAAUUUGCAGCGAAAACAAACCAGCCUUGUGACUCCUCUCUUUAUCUUCUUCUCAUCAUUUCUUCUCAAUGUGGGUCUCGCUGUCGCCGGAGGAGAAGAGAAUCCGUUCUCGCCGAAGGCCCAUUUGAUUCGAUACUGGAACAAGGAGAUCCGAAACGACAUCGAGAAGCCGUCGUUUCUGCUCUCGAAGGCGUCGCCGUUGACCGCCGUUCAAACGGCCGUGUUUGCGAAGCUCGCGGCGCAGAACUCUCUCUCCACGCGCCUCCCGGAGUUCUGCUCCGCCGCACACCUCCUCUGCUUCCCGGAUUUGGGCCCCAGUCUCGAGAGCCACGACAAGGACUCCAGCUUCUCCGGCUACGUCGACCGGAACUUCACCAACUACGGCACCGAUCGCAUCGGCGGCGCCGACGUCUUCAAGAACUACUCUCCCGAGGUGAACAUCCCCGUCAACUCGUUCCGCAGCUACAGCAGACACUCCACCGGCCACGAUGACAAAUUCCACAACUACGCCUUCGAAGGGAACGUGGUGGACCAGAGUUUCAACACCUACGCGACGAAAACCACCGGUGGAGCCGGCGAUUUCUCGAAGUACGCCGAGAGUGUGAACGUUCCGAAUCUCCGAUUCACUUCCUACUCCUUCCAGACCAACGGGAGGGAACAGAAUUUCAAAGGAUACAGCGUCAAUGCCAACUCCGGUGACCAGUCCUUCUCGAACUACGGGAAGGACGGCAAUGGCGCGGAGAAUGAUUUCAGCAGCUACGGGAACAGCUCCAAUGUGAUUGGCUCGGAGUUCUCGAGUUACCAGAGGACCUCCAAUGGCGGACAGGACACGUUCACCGCCUACGCAUUUGACGGAAAUAACCCUCAGAACAAUUUCAGGAACUACGGCGACGGAGCCAACGCGGCGGUGGAGAAAUUCACGAGCUACAGAGAUCAGUCCAAUGUCGGCGACGACUCGUUCCAGUCCUACGCCAAGAACUCCAAUGGCGAGGAGAUCAAGUUCUCCAAUUACGGAAAAUCGUUCAACGAAGGUACAGACAAGUUCACGGGGUACGGCAAGGACGCGACGGGGCAUUCGAUCGGAUUCAAGAUCUACGGCGUCAACAACACCUUCAAGGAAUACGCCGAGGACGGCGUGACCUUCUCGCGCUACACCAAUGUGAGCUCUGGGCCGGAGGAAUCGGCGAACAAACUGGCGUUCAGUGGCAGUUUGGUAAAAAGAUGGGUGGAGCCGGGCAAAUUCUUUAGGGAGUCGAAGCUGAAGAAGGGAGUGGUGAUGCCAAUGCCUGAUAUUAAAGAUAAAAUGCCAGAAAGGUCGUUUUUGCCCCGGGUAAUCACGUCGAAAUUACCAUUUUCGACCUCGAAGGCGUCCGACCUGAAGAAGAUCUUCCACGCCGCCGAUAACUCGACCAUGGAGAAGAUUAUUGUAGACACGCUGGCGGAGUGCGAGAGGGCUCCGAGCAGAGGGGAGACGAAACGCUGCGUUUCGUCUGUUGAGGACAUGAUCGACUUUGCCACGUCAGUGUUAGGGCGAAACGUCGUCGCUCGAACAACCGAGAGCGUCAGCGGGUCAAAGAAGAACAUCAUGAUUGGUUCAGUCAAAGGAAUCAACGGUGGGAAAGUCACACAAUCCGUGUCGUGUCACCAGAGCUUGUUCCCUUACCUAGUGUAUUACUGCCACUCUGUACCCAAGGUCCGGGUUUAUACAGCGGAUAUACUUGACCCGAAUUCCAAGGCCAAGAUCAACCACGGAGUUGCCAUCUGUCACUUGGACACCUCUGCAUGGAGCCCCACCCACGGUGCCUUUCUCGCUUUGGGUUCAAAGCCGGGUCGGAUUGAGGUUUGCCACUGGAUUUUCGAGAAUGAUUUGACCUGGAGUGUUUCCGAUUGAUGGUAUUGGGACCCACUUAGCUGUUUUUCUGAUUUGGGUUCGAACCAAGGGCUUAAGAAAAGCGCAGCCUCUGGCUCGACCCCAAGUUGGUCCAAAUUUAGUCAUAUUUAAGUAACGGGGCUUUUUGGUUUUUGAUUGAUUUCUUAGUCAAUUACUCUACUUAAUUAUGGGGUUUUCUUUUUCCUUUCUUAUUUUGACAUUUUGAAUAUGCUUAUGGUAUAUGAUAUUUGCAAAUGUUUUAUCUGGCUUCCUCAAUAAUAGGAAGGCCAGUCAA